CGACCGUCACACUGCUUUUUAUUUGAUAUUUUGUGUGGCAGAAAAAAGAAAAUAGUCGUGAAUUCCAGGUCUUCUGAAAAAAUUUCGCUGUAAAUUUUAGUCAUCAUGCUUAGUGGAACCAGACGAAUCAUCUCAACAGCGUUGAGAAAUGUGCGUGGAAUCCAAUCAUCUGCGGCAGUAUGCAGCGAUAGUUUAUUCGUCCAUCGUGAUACACCUGAAGAUAAUCCGGGCAUCAAAUUCGAAUUUACACCAGAAAAUCAAAAGCGUGUUGAUGCAAUUUUAAGCAUUUACCCGGAGGGUCAUAAGCGUGGUGCAAUGAUUCCAUUGCUAGACUUAGCUCAACGCCAAUACGGCUGGUUGCCGAUCUCUGCUAUGCACAAAGUGGCCGAGAUUCUAGACUUGCCCAAUAUGCGUGUCUAUGAAGUGGCCACAUUCUAUACGAUGUUUUUGCGUAAACCAACCGGAAAAUACCACAUACAAGUGUGCACAACUACACCAUGUUGGUUGCGGAACUCAGACGUUGUUCUUAACACAUGCCGACAAAAACUAGGAAUUAAUGUCGGUGAAACGACGAAAGACAAACUGUUCACAAUAUCGGAAGUUGAGUGCUUGGGAGCUUGUGUAAAUGCUCCAAUGAUGGCUAUCAAUGAUGAUUACUACGAAGAUUUGACGGCUAAAGAUACCGAAGAAAUUUUGCAAGAUUUGAUCGAUGGAAAAGAACCACGACCUGGCCCACGCAGCGGCCGAUAUGCUUCGGAGCCAGCAGGAGAAUUGUCGUCACUCACCGAAGAACCGAAAGGACCUGGUUUUGGAUUACAAGCUGGUCUUUAAGUAAAUUCACUCGCUGAUUGUUACACCCAAUGUCAAAACUCCGAUUUUUUUUUAGUUUGUAUCAAAUAAAGGCGUCUGAAAGCAUUAAAGGUUAAAUGUCGAGAUGACUUACGACUUUUUAGCAGUUACAAAAUAUUCAAUUGCUUAAAUUAUUUUGGAUUCGUAAAAAUAUAUUCAAAAUUUUGGCUUUAUUGUUUAA